UCAGACAUAUCACCCGCAGUAUCUCUCAGAGGAAGGCAGAUGGUCGACGGAUUUGAGCAUCAAAGUGCCCGCCUCAACGUGUUUACGGGAUAAGAUGGAUUUACUGGACUAUUGUAAAAAGGUGUAUCCAGGUCGAGAUAUCACGAAUAUCGUCGAAUCGUCUCACUAUCAGAAAAUCGGUGGCUGGUGCCGGCAGGGUGCACUAAACUCAGCCAAGUGUAAAGGUGCUCAGCGAUGGAUCAAGCCAUUUAGAUGUUUGGAAGGUCCUUUCCAGUCAGACGCUCUUCUGGUGCCCGAGGGUUGCCUGUUUGACCACAUCCACAACGCGUCCAGGUGCUGGCCGUUCAUCAGGUGGAAUCAGACCGGCGCCGCCGCAUGCCAGGACCGAAACAUGCAAAUGCGUAGCUUCGCCAUGCUGUUACCCUGCGGAAUCUCACUGUUCUCCGGUGUCGAGUUCGUGUGCUGCCCAAAGCACUUCAAAGUUCCGAUGAAAGUGAAAAAGACCGACCUUCCGGUGUUGCCGCAGGAAAGUGAAGUGCUACCCGCAUUAGAUGACGCCGAUGCCGACAACUCCGAAGAUGAUGACGAUGAGGACGAUAUCGAUGAUGACGAGGAUGAAGAUAUGCUGGGAGAUGAACCAAUUGAAAGCGACGAUGAUGAAUAUGAUUCUGAAGAGGACUUCGAUGCCGACAAGGAACCGGAUACAGGAUCUGCAGCAUGGGAUAGCUUCAGCACUCCAAUGCCACUGUUUUCAAAGGACAAAAAAGACACUUACACUACAACAGCUUCAAGUACCACCGAAAAGCAGACUGAGAUCCCAACAACACCGAUCACUGCCAUCCCGACUCCGGAUCCGUACUUCACCCACUUUGACCCACGCUAUGAGCACCAGAGUUUCAAGAGUUUGCACGCUGAAUUCCAGGAAGCACAACAGAGGCUCGAGGAAAGCCAUCGCGAGAAGGUUACCCGAGUGAUGAAGGACUGGUCGGAUUUGGAGGAGAAAUACCAGGACAUGCGCCUUGCUGACCCGAAAACAGCUCAAACCUUCAAGCAACGAAUGACUGCUAGAUUCCAGACUUCUGUGCAGGCACUUGAAGAGGAAGGCAACUCCGAGAAACACCAACUGGCAGCGAUGCACCAACAGCGUGUCCUGGCCCACAUCAACCAACGUAAACGGGAAGCAAUGACGUGCUACACUCAGGCACUCACCGAACAACCACCAAAUGCUCACCGCGUCGAGAAAUGUCUCCAGAAGUUGCUCCGUGCUCUCCACAAGGAUCGUGCCCACGCUUUGUCACACUACCGCCAUCUGUUAGGUUCGGGAGGUGCUGGCGGACUGGAAGCAGCUGCCUCGGAACGACCCCGCACUUUGGAGCGCCUUGUUGAUAUUGACCGUGCCGUAAACCAGUCUAUGUCAAUGCUCAAGCGUUAUCCUGAGCUUUCGACCAAGCUGUCCCAGUUAAUGGAUGACUACAUUCAAGCCCUUCGCUCCAAGGAUGAAACGCCCGGUUCAAUGCUCGCCAUGACGGAAGACGCCGAGGCAGCCAUUCUCGACAAGUACCGCAUGGAAAUUGAACGCAAAGUCAGCGAAAAGGAGCGUCAACGAAUUGCCGAAAAGCAACGCAAGGAACAACGUGCCCAAGAGCGUGAAAAGAUUCGCGAGGAAAAGUUGCGCUUGGAAGCCAAGAAAAUGGAAGCUGCCUACAAGCAACAGCAACAACAGAUUCAGCAACAGCAACAGCCCCCACAGCCACAGCUACAGCAGCAACAGCCACAGCAGCAACAGCAGCAGCAACCGCAACCGCCACAACAACAGCCACAGGCACAAACCCAGAUUCCAGUUUCCGAACAGCCCCAGACUCAGAAACAAACUGAACUGGAAACCCAAAAAGACACGGAAGCAACGCGUGACUACACGGAAGAGGUUACCAUCACAAAUGUAUAUUUCAGUAACAGCCCACAAUCCACCGCCCUGCCGACGGUUGACGAUGAAGCAGUGCAGCGCGCUGUCGAGGAGGUAGCUGCCGCAGUUGCGCAUCAAGAAGCGGAACCCAAGAUGCAGCACGUACUCGCUCAUGACAUUGGACAUGGCGAACCGAGCUACUCGGUCCGACGAGAGAUCUACGGUUCCGGCCACGAUGGCAAGAAUGUGUACUUCACACUCGGGUUCGCCGGAGUCGCCCUGAUGGGGGCAGUGUUUGUGGGCGUUGCCGUCGCCAAGUGGAAGGCUUCGCGGUCACCUCAUGCUCAAGGAUUUGUCGAGGUUGAUCAGGCCGUUGGACAGCCAAUCACGCCGGAGGAGCGGCACGUGGCUAAUAUGCAAAUCAACGGGUACGAAAACCCAACCUACAAGUACUUUGAAGUAAAGGAAUAAUUUACGCACCGCAUUACAUGCCAGUAGAUCUAGGCACUCAUUUUACGGAAUGAUAUUGUAUGAAAUCGUUUUCAACGGAUACCGAUUGAAUAUUACUGUAAACGUUGACAAAAACACAGAUAUGUUUAAAACAAAAUGAAUUACGUUAUUCUGUUUGAUCUCGGUUCGAAAUUGCUGCAAUGGUGAAACAUAUAUUCCAUAGAAGAAGAGAACGAAGAGCAGGACAGCAAACAACUGACGCAAAACAAAAGCAAAGAUAAGUAAGAUUAAGUAAGGUCAGUAUUUUACGUUCGGAAGUUUGAAUUUUUUGUAUGAAGGAAAGUACUAAACUAUCGUUAAAUAGUGUGAUUGUAAUUGUAAAUUUGCCCGCAAGAUAUUAAUUUGUAAGAAAACAUGCAGAAGGGAGAAGUGGGAGAAGCGGAUUGAUAAUAAACCAUCAAAGAAGGAUGCCGCCGUUACCAGAAAAUAUAUAACCGCAUCCUGUUUGGGCGAUUUUCACAACUAACAACACUCACUUUAUGCAUAUAGUAGUGAGAGGCUACACGUUUUUGUUCUGGCACAUCCCCAUACAUCGUAGUUGCUAACGAGGGUUUAAAAAUGGACAGCUUGCUCUGCAAUCUAAAACAUCGCGCAGAACCCCUCUUCAUCCCUAACUCAUAGUUAGAUAGCUAAGUAGCUAAUUAGUUAUUAUUACAAAGAAAACAUGACAAAGCAAAAAAAAGAACAAAAACAAUAAUUGUAAGUAACAUAGCUUUUUUGAUCAGUAAACCGGAAAAUGGUAAUAGAAAAACUAUCAAAAAUAUAUAUAUUUUUUGUAACAAGCCUGCUAUACGCUUUGAAAUUUCAUAUUUAUAUAAUCUUAACAAUAAUAAAGGGUAAACUAUAUAUUUACAACAACAAUAAGACACUCACUAUCACAUGCUUCAAGGCAAACAAUAAUUUCGAGGCUUUUGGGUUUUAUUUUUCCUUCGACAGUUUAAAACUCACUUAAACAAAAAAAACAAAGCUAGGCAGCAAAACAGAUACAAAAACCACACUCAUACACUAUAGAUGUCGUCCUCGUUGUGUAGACACAAGGUGUGUUAAAUUCAAGCAUCGUAGCCCAUGAGAUGUGUGUACCAAUUAAAGAGCUUCUUCCGAGAAACAACGUAGCGAGCAGUAGAAACUUUUGAACAACAUAUUACAGCAACAAACAACACAAAGCAAACCAUCAUCAAUCAUGGAAAGUAUCGCAAAGAGGAAAAAUGUGCAUCCUGAUAAUUCAAAUUCGUCCAUUUUUGUAGACUUUUGCGAGCGCGUAAUUAAAUGUAAGAGAAAAUAUUGAAAACAAAAUGUCAUGUUAUCCCCCAUUUUCAGCAGUAGAACCAAAAAUUAUUCAUUCAGUGUUGCCAGAACUGCUUGUGAUGAAUUCAACGCUUGGCGCUCUAGCUUUUGUUUCAAUACACUUUUAUGCCCUCAGAAAAGUGACUCUCACUCCGGUAACAUUUGUUUCGCUAUAACCACUUCAACAAACCCGAACCGGUCAUUUCUCACUAAUCUUCACUUGCUGAUUGGGAAGACAUAAGAUCUAUGUAAAAAAAUGAAUUUGAUAUUACUAGAACACUAAAAUUAACAAUAAUGACUUAAAGUAUUUAAAGAAAAAAAAAAGCAGAAUAAAAAUAGAUUAUAUAUCAUGUAAAAGUAUGUAACGAGAAUAUUUAUACAACACGUAUAAAUGUAACACUGUAAACAUUUGCAGAAUAGUUUACUUAGGAAACUACAAGAAUGCGUCAUUUAAUUUAACUGAACAAGUCAACACGGUUAUUUUUUCAGAUUUAUGUUUCUUGAUAAGUUUGAAAACUCUUUUUGAAGUUAAAAUAAAACAAACAUCUAGUCACAACUAUAACGUUGAAUAAAUAUAAACUAAACUAAAACACACAGCAAUGUGCAGGACGGUUAUGCUAACACUCUUGAAAUUUGACGCCGAACAAAAGCAAAAACAAGUUUAUCACGAAAAGCGCUUAGUUUGACACGAUUGCUAUCCACUAAACUACUCAAGUAAAAGCAACAAUUAUAUCAGCAAAGUACACGCUAAAUCAAAAUGUAACCGCUCGUUUCUUCAUCAGUUCGUUUUCCAAACAAAAUAUUACUCAAAACUAUUAUAUAUGAAACUUUUUUAAGAAAUAAAACACGAUAAAACACUAAAUGAUACAAGACAAAAAAUGAAGAAAACAAACCAACUACUUAGCUGUCAGAAAUAAGAAAUGAAAACAAUACACAUACAUUGGGGAGAUUGAAAACAAAAAAUGAAUCGUUUUGUGUGCGACAUUUAGACAAACAAAAGAAUAACAAUUUGUAUUAUCAAUGAGAAACCAGAAAACACAAUUAAUUGUUACUCGUAAGUGUAAUGAUUGAUUCGUAGAUGAAUACGUCCCUUUUUCAUUGAAAAAAGAAGAAAAAAAAAACAACCAACUAGAAUAGAACGUGUCAAACAUAUUCAACCGGAAAUGACAGUUAAUCAGAAAGUCAGGAAGGACACACGACACAACUAGAAACCAACAUUCUGGAUAUGAUUUCGUUUUCAAUUUUCCAACACCCAAAAACAACAUCUAUAUGAACAGCACAAUAAUUUACACCCUAUGAUUUAUGAACAAUGAAAUUCGUUGAUUGGAGCAAAACUCAAACCGAACACCCAUUUUCGAUUCCUGAAAUGUGCAAGCUUCUGGCCGAACGUCCUAGCGCUUCGUUGAUGGACAUGUUUAAAUUUUUCGAACCGUCUCACAGCGGUCGUUAAUUCUUACAGGCUAAAAACAAUGAGUGAACUAAAUGCAAGAGAGCGUACCGCAGCGGAAAAUCGAACCCACUCUCACGCAAAUGAAAUGAAAGAAGAGAAACUGUUUCUAUCUAGAGUCAACCAAACCAAAAAAUCGUCCCCAAAUAUCUGUUUGUAGAAUGAGAGAUAGCGCCGGGAAGAAGAAAAUGGAGAAGAAUAAGAAGAAGCAAAUUAAUUGAGUCGAAAAUGCUCUGUAAACAAGCAACACUAAUAAUUUGAAGGAGGAUAAUAAAAUAUGAGAUAACAAUA